UAAAUUUAGAAACAAAUACUAGAUAAAGAAGUUUGUGUAUAACUGGUAAAGUUGUGAAACAGAAAGGAGUGAAAAUCAGGAAAAAAUAUAUAAAUUUAAAUUAACAAAUGAAAAAGGAGUAUGUUAAUAUUAUAAGGUUUUGACGCUACAUUGUCUGGUUUUGUAAUACCUUUCUUUUAAAUUUGUAAUUUUUACAAAAACAAUGGAAUCUAAAACAAAUCCUCAACAGCUGUACUACUUCCUAGACAAUGAAUUCUACUGGUCAGCUUUUGAAAACAAAUACUUUAUGUUUCCUUGGCGUGUGUACUACUGGUAAAACAUUGUGAAAAGAAAUUGACAACAUCAUCAAAACAUUUCAACACAUUCGUACCUGUAACUACAAGAUGGACAAGAUCAACAGUCCCGGAACGCCAAAGAUAACAUGUACCUAUCGUUUAGAUUUGUACACAGAAAAACAAUUCCAAUGUAGAGCCAUACAAAAAUGUUGCGGGUCGCGAUGCUGCGACGAUGAGAACUUGGAUACAUAUCUUAUCUGGGGCGGGGUAGUACUUCUUGUUUUGGUACUUGUGAUCAGUGGACUUUGCUGGUAUAUCAUGCAUGGACGUAAGAGAAGUAGAGAUAUUCUUGGUACACAGAAGCAACGUUUGAGCAACAUGCUUUCAGCAAAUCAAAACCCCAAGGAAUGUAUUGUAACCAUUCAAGUUAACGAUGUUGAGAAGAGUAAGAGUACCAAGACUGCACUGUUACCAAGGAACUUCUCGAGCAUUUCGUUCACAGAAUCGCUGUUCAAGCUACCAAACAGCAAAAUAGAGAAAUGCAUUGCUGGUUCCCAUGAUCAGCAGCCACUGCUUGAUGAUUCCCACUGGGAUGGGAACCCCAAAAGUGUGGCGUCUGAAAGUCAUAUGAAUACAUAAAAAUGACCCAUGUGUGAUAUAAUCAGAAUAUUACAAGAGCGCUGACAAAUUGUCAGCAAAUUACGUUUUCUUUGCAUGUAAUUACGUUUUCUUUGCUAAGCAAUUACGUUUUCCUUGCUUGUUAUUACGUUUUCUUUGCUUGUAGUGAUGUGUAUUUUCUUGUUUUCUUUUUAGCAUCGUGUGACAUACUUAAACAUUUGUUCAUUGACUGAGACAUUUUGCUAAAUGCAAAGUUAGUGUAAGUGAAAUCUUACUUUUUUAAUGCUUCAAUUAAUACAAUCAAAAUCACAGGUACGUCUGCUUUAGUGCUGUAAAGAUAAUUGAUUAUUCAGUGGAUAGAUCUAUAUCAGUUUUGUUAAUUUUGUUUUGUCUAUCAAUUUCAACCAUACAUACAACAAUACAAUUAUUUUUAAAACUCACUUUUUAAUAUGAAAACGUUCAAUAAUACAAGUACGUUAUAUAUUUGGGCAUUUUGAUGGACUUGUAAAUUAAUCUCAUUGCUUUUACUAUAUUUAAGGUACUAUCUCCAUAAAUGUAUAAACUGUGUAGAAACCGUUCAAUUGCAGAUUAUUUUAUAUUCAUUCUGAGUUGCGGUUUUCGUCUUAAUAGAUAUCUAAUAUGACAUUGCACUCACCGUUUCAAUGCCUGUGUAGUUAUGAUAUCUGACUACAAUAUAUGUUAGUCUGUUGUAUAAUAUGAAAACUCGUACUGAGUUGCCUAUAAGCUCUUAUCGUAUCUAACUGGCUAACUAUAUCUUCGUAUCGUAUAGAAAAAACAUCUAAUGUUUGAUACAUAUAAUAUAUUAGACACAUGAAAGAUAUUCAGGGAUGAUUUUUUUUUUAUUUUGUUGGGUUUAACGUCGCACCGACACAAUUUUAGGUCAUAUGGCGACUUUCCAGCUUUAAUGGUGGAGGAAGACCCCAGGUGCCCCUCCGUGCACAAUUUCAUCACGAGCGGGCACCUGGGUAGAACCACCGACCUUCCGUAAGCCAGCUGGAUGGCUUCCUCACGUGAAGAAUUCUACGCCCCAAAUGAGGUUUCGAACCCACAUCGAUGAGGGGCAAAUGGUUUGAAGUCAACGACUCUAACCACUCGGCCACGGUGAUGAAGAGUCUCAUAAAAAUUAAUAUGAUGAUAUAUUACGUACAAGAACUCUAUUCAGAGCUUUAUUUAUAACAUUUCUGUAUUUUGUAUGUUUCUCUUUACACUUUGUCUCUUGCAGAGUUAACCUUGACAAUUUUAUGACCGAUCGUAACACUUGAUAAAAACCUACAUGAAAAAGGGAAGGAGUACAUCAAAAUUGGGUCAUAUAUCUAAAAACAUAGAAACUUGAUCAAUUGAGCAUUUCAUCAAUAAAUUGAAAUGUGUCUAUUAAUACAUUCCAAUAUUUGUUUUUUGUGCUUCAUUAAAGCAAUAAAUUAGCAUUCGUUUUGUUUUAAAGUGUGUAUUUGGCCUUUAACGUUAAAGUUUAUUACAGUUUUAAAAGAUUAUAUGACUGUUAUAAUGUAAAAUUCAUAUUUUUGAGGCAUUGCUACAAUCAAAAUACAGAUUAAACAUAAGAGGAAAAAUAGACUUGCUAGGGACACGCCGGUUGUGAAAAAAAAAAUCUUGAGUUAGUAAAAUUACUUUGGUGAAACGUAAAUAAAGCUUUAAUAUUCAUAAACACAAUGAAAUACCAAUACUUAAAAAUAAGUUAAAGUGGAACACUAUAGGUCAUCAAGUACGACUUUAACGAAAAUGUUGUAGGGUCGAUUUGACUGAGCCAUUUCUUUGUUCCGUACCCACGCCCCACUAGGAGAUGGCAUUCGAUACAACUGCUUAUUAAUGAGUACGUCUUAUGUGUGUUUUAUUGUGUUUUAGACAAUUAGUUCAUGGCACUGUCAGUUCAACAUUGUUAUGGGCGUACUGUUAACUCCCAACGAGAACUCUUUCACUAGUUAUAGGGAUAUAACAAAAUGCAAAAAUAAUCAAUUCCAGUUCCAGUUGAUAUACGUUGCUUUCAAAAAAGGAGUAUCUCUGAGCACUAAGCAUUUUAAUACACCAUGUUUUGUCUAGUAAUUGUAUAUACAAUCUUUCUUUUUGUAGCUAUCUCAAUGUCAUGUCUGUGGGUAGUUAAAAUAUAUGUCAGGUGCUGAUGUUUACAAAUAGAAGGAAACACUAUAUCUUAAUUGUGUUAAUUAAACCAACUUAAACGCUUCAGAUUUCGCAAUAUAUAUUAUCAUAAAAACAAGUUGCUGUCUCGAUUUAUUCAGUAUUUCAAUAAUAAAGGUUUCAGGUUUUGAAAAAAAACAACGUAGGUAUCAAAUGCAGUAGACACAUGCAGCCAUUCUGAAAAGUUGUAAACUGUAUCUAGCUGCGGGGAAAAAUACAAACACUAAAACGUUUUAAACUUUUUUUUUCAGCACGAAGGUUACUUGAUAAAUAUGUAACAAUUUCUUUAUUGCAUUAUACUUUUUAGAUGUACAUAGUUACAGCAUGGAUGAAAUAUGUACAAAUCUGUUUGCAUAGAUUUUGUUACAAUGAAAUUAUGUUAUAAUUGUUCAAUAUGUUCUGUCUUACAUAGAGUCAAAUAAACAUUGGUUUGCUGUGAAA